AUAAAACCCGCUAAUUUUUCCAAUUAAAUUCACCGAAACCUGCUGAUUAGCUGAAUCAUACACAUAAGAUCAAUAUCAACGUUCCUUUAGAUGAAUAUGAAGGUAGCAAUUAUUCUGGCUAUUGCUCUUGCAGUAAUUCUUGAAGUCCACGAGGCAGAUGCAGGUUGUGCUUCAAAAUGUAAAGCCGUUUGCAGAAGAAGACGCUGUGCAGGUUAUGAUUGGGUCCUUUGGGGAGGACGUUGCUACUGCAUAUGCUCUAGAUGUGCCAUUGACCAUACCAUGAAAUUCCUUAAAAAUGAAGGUUCAUCUGAGAUGUUUCCACAUAUGAAUGACAAUAAGGACACUGACUUCUUUCACGACAUGCCAUAAGGAGAAACCAAGGCAGGUGAAACUGACACGUAAAGGAACGGUUUAAUGCGAAGAUGAUGGCAUUAUAUACUUCUACUUUUUAUUUAGCUCCAAUUUAGAGAUGUCUUUUAUUUCUGUUAU